CUUACACACUCCAAAUGCAUAUAACACGACGUUGGGAGCUACUAAACCUAACACACAAUACCCACGGCUGGGCCAUAUUUUGUCAUCGCAACUGAAUAAAUUCCCCAAGCAUUGAAAAACAGUAAAAAGCAUAAGCUUUUUCCACCCUUUUCCUUUCUUCUCUCUUCGCUUCUUCUUUAAUUCAAACCAAUCAAUCAAUCAUGGCCACUAGCACUCUACUCGACCCUAGUCUAUUGUCUCCCAAGUUUCACGAACUAUACGCGAAAGCCAAAGACUUUAUUGAGAAUGACUGUAUUCCUGCAGAGGCACUCUACGAACAGCAAAUGGGCAAAAACGAAGACCGCUGGAACGUGCUUCCCCCUGUGAUGGAAGAACUUAAGGUCAAGGCACGUUCGCUUGGCUUGUGGAACCUGUUUUUGGGUCACGAAUAUGGCCAAUACGGCGGUGGUUUGAGCAACUUGGAGUAUUCGUUGAUUGCAGAAAUGCUAGGCCGUUGUGGCAUUGCUUCUGAAGCAAUGAACUGCUCUGCUCCUGAUACGGGAAAUAUGGAAGUGUUUGCAAAGUAUGGUACGCCGGCACAAAAGGAGAAAUGGUUGAAGCCUCUAUUGAACGGAACAAUUCGAUCGGUAUUUGCCAUGACAGAGCCCGCUGUGGCAUCAUCCGAUGCUACCAAUAUUGAGACCAGUAUCCGUCGUGAAGGCAAUGAAUAUGUCCUUAAUGGCCGCAAGUGGUUCGCAUCCGGAACUGGCUCGCCUAACUGCAAGGUGUUUUUGGUCAUGGGGAAAUCGGACAAGGAUAACGCCAAUCGUCACAGACAGCAGAGUUUGGUGAUCGUUCCACGCGAGACCCCCGGUGUUCAGAUCGUCCGUCCUUUGACCGUUGUGGGCUAUGAUCAUGCUCCCCAUGGUCAUUUUGAGAUCAUCUUCUCUGAUUGCCGUGUGCCUGUAGAAAAUAUCAUCCUCGGUGAAGGCGGUGGAUUUGAAGUAAUCCAAGGGCGCUUGGGUCCUGGUCGUAUCCAUCACUGCAUGCGAUGCAUUGGGAUGGCUGAACAGGCCCUUGACUUGAUGAUUGCUCGUGUCACUGAUCCAUCUCGAAGAACGUUCGGAAAAACCUUAUCCGAGCAUGGCACUAUCGUUGCAGAAAUCGCCAAAUGCCGUAUUGAAAUUGAACAGUCGCGUUACCUUGUCCUCAGUGCAGCAAAGAGAAUCGAUGAAGUUCAAGCAAAGAAUGCCAAGCGAGAAAUUGCCAUGGCAAAGAUUGCUGUACCCAAUAUGCUCCAACGCGUUGCUGAUCGCGCCAUACAGGCAUUUGGCGCUGCUGGUCUUUCUCAGGACACCAAGUUGCCUCAUAUUUUCGUCAAUGCAAGAUACUUGCGCAUCGCCGACGGACCCGACGAGGUCCACUUGCAGCAACUUGGCAAAGCAGAAUUGCGUCGUGCAUCUGAAAUUGUUGAACAGCAGCAGCGUCAAAAGGCGAAAAAAGAACAGCUACUUGCUAAAGGAUCCUCUAGGCUCUAGGCCAGAAGGAAACUAUGCGCUUCCUCUAUUUUAUGCAAAAAUAAAAAAAACUUUUAUUGUUCCGAACAAAAUGAAA